CUUAAACCUCAGAAGAAACCUAACUAAUAACUAUUGCCGCCUUCCUUGGGUUUCCCCUUCAACCCUAUUCUUCUGCUGAUCAAACUUCACUUAACGCGCACCGUUUCGGAGCGUGGCUCCUCCUCCUCCAUGGACAAGACCAAGACCAUCUCCGUCGAUCGGAGACCUUCGGAAUGUGUCUCGUCGCACUCCAUCGACAAGAUUACUUCCAUAGAUUGGAGACCUUCUCCGGUGGUGGCUUUGGCCACCAGCUUCGACGGCUUGCGAGUCGCCGCCGCUCGCCACGACGGCUCCCUCGAAAUAUGGCUCGUCUCGCCCGGCUCCAUCGGUUGGCACUGUCAGCUGACUAUACACGGAAACCCUAACGGGAAAGUGACGUCGCUUAUUUGGUGCCCCGGUGGCCCCCACGGAAGUCGCUUGUUUUCGUCUCACUUAGACGGCUCCGUUACUAAGUGGGAUCUUUUCCACUUGAACCAGGAGACGGUGCUUGAUUCAGUUGGUGUCUCAAUUUGGCAAAUGGCAGUGACUUUUCCCAAGGGUGACAAGAUAAAUGAUGAGAAGAAGGGUGAUCAAAUGGGGAAUGGGUUCCAUGAUUUUGAUGAACAUGAGAGCAGUGAAAGUGAUGAAGAUUUUGAUUCACCUGGUCCUCAUGAGGGUUCUGUGGGUGAGAAUCCACGUGUAGCAAUUGGUCUUGACAAUGGACAUGUGGGAAUUUAUGAUAUCUCUGACACAGAUGAAUUUAUUUACGAAAAAUCUUUGCCCUGGGUCAAUGGACGAGUUUUAAGUGUGACAUGGAGUACAGAUGCUAACUACAUAUAUUCAGGAAGUAGUGACGGGUUGAUAAGAUGCUGGAAUGCCGCAUUGGGCAAUGAAAUAUAUAGGAUUACAGCUGGACUUGGAGGUUUGGGCAGUGGACAUGAACUUUGUAUAUGGUCAUUACUGUCUUUAAGGUCUGGGACACUUGUUAGUGCGGACAGCAGUGGUAGUGUCCAGUUUUGGGACAGCCAACACGGAACUCUCUUGCAAACACAUUCAUUACACAAGGGACAUGUAAAUGCUCUGGCAGCAGCCCCUAGUCAUGAUAGGGUGUUCUCUGCUGGUUCUGAUGGCCAGGUUAUUCUUUACAAGCUGUCUAGUAGUCAGUCAGCAUCAUCUGAUGAUAACAAAUCUUCAUUAACUAAGAGAUGGAACUACCUUCACUAUGUAAGGGCUCACACGCAUGACAUCAGGGCUCUGACUGUUGCUGUACCAAUAAGUCAUGAAGCAGAUAUUAAGGCAGAAAACAGGUUUAAAAGAGCUCGACGUGGAAAAAAGUCCGCUGAUUUUAGUUACCAUAAGUGGGCUCAUUUGGGGGUUCCCAUGCUCAUCUCAGCUGGAGACGACACAAAACUUUUUGCAUACCCAGUGAAAGAAUUCACUAAGUUUUAUCCUCAUGAUAUCUGUCCUGCGCCUCAGAGAACACCCAUUCAACUAGUGCUUAAUUCUGUCUUUAAUCAAUCCAAAAUGCUUUUAGUCCAAUCUUCGCAGUGGAUAGAUGUUCAUUUGCUACAACUAAAAAAUGUCUGCACCCCUGGAGACUUUGCAAAGACCAAAAUACUUCGUCGAGUCAAAACUAAGGCAUCUAGGAAGAUAAUUUGCAGCACAAUUUCUAAUUCAGGGGCGCUGUUUGCAUACUCUGAUCAAGAAAAGCCUAGGCUUUAUGAAUUGGAAAGGGGUAAAGAUGGUAAAAUUCCAUGGGAUGUUCGCAGACGGAUGCUUCCUCAGAGAUUACCAUUUGCCCAUUCUAUGAUUUUUACUCAUGAUUCCUCCUGUAUGAUAGUAGCAGGUCACGAUAGAAUGAUAUAUGUUGUGGAUGUUGAGAGAUCAGAACUAGUGCACACUUUUACACCUUGUCGUCAAUUGGAUGUGGACUCAAGUCCAACUGAGCCACCCAUUACAAGAUUGUUUACUAGUUCUGAUGGGCAGUGGCUGGCUGCUGUGAACUGCUUCGGUGAUAUAUAUGUAUUUAACUUGGAGACACGAAGGAAUCAAUGGUUCAUUUCAAGAUUGGAUGGUGCCUCUGUUACGGCUGGUGGAUUUUCACCCCGGAAUAACAAUGUAUUAAUAGUUACAACUUCAUCAAAUCAAAUGUAUGUAUUUGACGUGGAGGCCAAGCGGUUGGGAGAAUGGUCAAGUCAAACAUCUGCUCUUCCGAGGAGAUACCAGGAAUUUCCUGGUGAAGUUAUUGGACUGUCUUUCCCUCCAUCAACUUCAUCUUCGGUUGUUGUUUACAGCUCCAGAGCAAUGUGCUUGAUUGACUUUGGAUUGCCCGUGGAGUCAGACGAAAGUGAUAUGUUAAAUAUUCAAGAUUCAAGGGCAAAAAAUUUACAAAAUUUUAAUCUUAAGAAGAGGACUAAACACAAUAGGAGAAACUUUGAAGUUGUUCCUUUAGAGAAUCCUGUUUUAUUUUUAGCAUAUACAUCCAAAAAUUCUUUAUUUAUGAUAGACAAACCCUGGUUGCAAGUGGUCAAGAGUUUAGAAGCAACACCAGUCCACAGACAUAUUUUUGGAACCUGAGCACUAAGCGACUUAGGGGAUCAUUCUCAGCCUGAGGAAUACAUGAUGGAUAUAAAAGUCCGAAGUUUUUUUUUUUUUUUCAUGGCUGGGAUUUAGGAUGUGUAACAUGUUGUCAUAAUCAAUUUUGUUGCAUUAGUAAUAGUUUUUCUUCAUAAUUUAUUUUA